UCUCUCUCUCCCAUCUGAUUUGGGUUUUUAUCUAAUUUAUCUCUGCAAAAGCCAGACAUGGAAAACCAGAACCAACUGUAAACUACACGCAUAUUUUCAAAUACUAUAAUUACUCCCACGAACCUCACUCGCUCAGAAAAUUAAGGAAACAAAAUCCACUAAAUUACACUCUGUCUCUCUCUUAUAUAUACACACACACGCACAGACAGAAUUUUGAUUUGUGUAUGUAAAUGCAUCAGAAGAAACCUGAAACUCAAAUCGGAAAAGAAAGCAGAGGCAUCUCUUCCGAUUUGAACCCAAUUUCACCACUUUUGUCUCCUCCAAUUCAUCAAAAACAGCUCCAAAUCCAAAUCCAAAUCCAAAGCCAAAGCCAUAGCCAUAUCCAAUCAAAUCCACAUCAAAGCACCAGCCACUUCUUUCCCAACCAAUUCCAACCCCACCAAAACCAAAACCAGUACCAGUUUCAGCAUGAACCCAUUUCCAACAAUUCCUCAAAAGGCAAAACCCUUCAUUCCACACCCCACAAGAGGCCUAUUAUGAUCCAAUCACCUUCCACACUUUCCCACUCUCCAUCACUAUCCUCUGUCAACCAUUACAAUCACAAAACCUUGGGCAUACAAUCUUCAUCGCAAUCUUUUUCAUGUUUUACUGCUGCUUAUCUAAUCUCCCUUUCCCAAAAGUUACUGGCUUUGAAGGUUUUCCGAGCUCAUUAUCACUUUGUUAUCCUCCUUUCCUUACCUUCCCUUUACUACUUCGUCUCCAGUCCACGCCGCUCUUUUAUCCUUGAUUUCCUUGCUUUGCUAGCUUUCUUAGCUGCCCUUUUGAUUUCUCUCAAUCUUGCCCUUCCUCGCCUUCCUUCGAUUCGAUUAUUCUUUGCCCGGUCAUUCCCAAUUAAGCUUUGUUCAUCUUCUUAUGCCUCAAAGCCAUCUCAUCCGGUUAUUUGGUCAAUUGGGUCGAAGCCCAAAUCGGUAAAAAAGCCGAAUUCAGGGUCUUGGGAGCAAGUUUACAGGAAUGGGGAUGUUUAUGAGGGUGAAUUCCAUAAGGGAAAGUGUUCUGGAAGUGGGGUUUAUUACUAUCAUAUGAGUGGGAGGUAUGAGGGGGAUUGGAUUGAUGAGAAGUAUGAUGGAUAUGGAGUUGAGACAUGGGCAAAAGGAAGCCGGUAUCGUGGGCAGUAUAGGCAGGGAUUGAGGCACGGGAUUGGGGUUUAUAGGUUCUACACUGGUGAUGUGUAUGCUGGAGAAUGGUCUAAUGGGCAGUGUCAUGGGUCCGGAGUCUAUACUUGUCAGGAUGGGAGCCACUAUGUUGGGGAAUUCAAGUGGGGUGUUAAACACGGGCUUGGUCAUUACCAUUUCAGGAAUAGGGACACAUAUGCUGGGGAAUAUUUUGCAGACAAAAUGCAUGGUUUUGGAGUCUAUCAGUUUGGAAAUGGACAUCGGUAUGAGGGAGCCUGGCAUGAGGGAAGGAGGCAGGGACUUGGUAUGUACACCUUCAGGAACGGGGAGACACAAUCUGGUCAUUGGCAAAAUGGGGUUCUUGACGUUCCUUGCGUGCAACUAACCCAUCCUGAAUCUCCCUAUGCUGUCAGCCAUACCAAAGUUCUCAAUGCAGUCAAGGAAGCACAGAAAGCUGCUGAGAAGGCAUUUAAUGCGGGAAAGGUGGACGAAAGGGUGAAGAAAGCUGUUGCAGCAGCUAAUAAAGCAGCAAAUGCAGCAAGAGUUGCAGCUGUAAAGGCAGUCCAAAACCAAAUGCGUCUUAGUAACAACAACUAUGGGACGCCAAUUCCAUGUGUCUGAUCCUGAAGGACCUUUCAUCAUCAGCAUCAUGCUUUCACUACAAAAUGCCCACUUGCAUCUGUUUUCACAUCAGAUAAAGUUUAAGAUGCACAAGUCUUCAAGAAUGCUGCAAAAUGCCAAAAUGAUUUACUUUUAUUGUAUCCUUUACUCUUUUUACUUUUGCCGUUAAUUCUCCCAUUUUAGCGCUGCGCAUGCUGGGUUCCUGCUUGGAACCACAUUCAGUCAUUGGAAUAAAUGGCUGAUUGUGGAGCAAGUUGGUUCCUGCAUUUUUCUGGCUUCAAUAAUUGUACAUAGGAUUUCUGAGGUUUGAGUGAAGACUGGCACUGAGGUGCCUGAGUUUAGCGUUGGGUUU